AUGAUAGAAGAAAUGAAAAUGACAACGAUGGUGUUCAAAUCGAGACGAGCUCUUUCUCGUGAAGGGAUUCUGAGUACGAAUUUAUAUUUUUCGCAAAUGCACGAAACGUCGUAUUACUUAAAACAAACUAUACGACCAUAUUACAUAGCGCUGAUCUCUAAUCCCAACGCGAUUAAUGAGUUCUCUUUAGCAACAAGUACCUUUGACAUGUCUAAAGCUGUGUGGCUAGUGAUAUUUAUUAACAAGGAAAAUAGUACCGAUUAUUGUCAUAAUCCACCAAGUAAUAUAUUUCAUUUAAAAUUCAACUCCGAAAUGAUGGUCCGUUGUGGUACGGAAAAUAUUUUACGAGAAUGGUACUCGAUCGAUACGAAUCAAAUGGAGAUCAAUGAUGUAGCUACUUGGAGCUUACAGAGAGGAAUCAUUAAAAUAGUUCCAGAUUUUCUUUACUCAAGAAGAUUUAAUUUAAAGGGUUUAAUCAUGAAAGCUGUUAUAGUUAAGACCUCACUAUUAUCAACUAUAAACAAGGAUGGCGAAUUAGACGGUAUAUUCGGUAAAAUAUUAAAAGAACUUUGUCAUACCCUGAAUUUUAGUUUCAACAUAGUCUCAGAAGUAGAAGAUUUUGGGAGAUGGAAUUCAGAAAAUAAGACUUGGUCUGGAGGAAUUGCGGAAUUAUAUACUGGACGUGCUGACAUUUCUAUUUCGGAUUUUAUUAUUAAUAAUGACAGAUUUAAUGCAGUGGACUUCACACAUUCUCUUUUCAACUACAAAAAUAUUCUUGUUAUUCGAAAACCAAAAAAUUUAGCGAUUCAAUGGUGUUCUUACUUUUCAACAUUUACGCGUUCUGUUUGGCUUGCUGUGUUUGGAGUAUUAAUUGUUUCAUCGAUCUUUUUGGUCUUACUCAAAAGAAAAAGUGAAAACGAUCGCAAAAUAGGAUAUUUAUUGAUCGAUAAUUUAUUGGAAAUUUGGGGUAUAUUUUGCCAACAGGGACUUCCUGAUUUCCCUGAUAAAUCUUCCUUAAGAAUAAUAUACUUUUCAAUAUUUCUCUUCAUUAUCAUCUUUUGGGCCGGCUAUUCAGCUUCUUUGAUAAGUAUUUUAACGUCUGUAGAUCAUAUUUUACCAUUUGAUUCAUUAAAGGGCUUCGCUGCAGACGGUACUUAUCAACUUGUCGUCGCUCGUUAUACGGCUUACUAUGAUAAAUUUGCAGAUUCGAAAGAUCCGCUUACAAAGAAGAUUAUGAAAUUGACAUUAAGAGAAAAAGGAGAAUUACCCAUUACAGAAUUUGAAGGAUUUAAAAAAGUUUGUAAAAAUGGGAAACUUGCACUAUAUAUGAGCGAUCAGUUGCAUCAUUUUGAAAAUCUGGUACUGCCAUGCAAAAUGGUUAUAAUUAAAACAAAACAUAUAAAUCAGUUUACUAUGAUUUUAUCUAAAGAUAGUCCGUUCACCGACCUCAUCAAUUUUCAGUUGCAAAAAUUUAUCGACAAUGGUAUGAUAAAUCGUUUAAAAUAUAGAUCAUUUAAAAUCGACUCCACUGAUAUUGUCGAGCACCAACCUGUUCGCCUAAUCAACGUUAUACCUCUUAUUUCUUUCUUUUUAAUUGGUUUCCUUUUGAGUACUUGUAUUCUGAUCAUAGAAAAAUGUAUUUUCAUUCGUAAAAAAAAGAAUAAGUCCAUGUCCUCCGUUAUCUCUAAAGCUGCUAUGAACGUCAAUAUUCGUUUUGAAAGUACUGGAAGGUUUCCUUCUAUCAAAGAAGAUCAAUUCACUUAG